CACUGUCCUGCUGUAUCAGUCUCUCUUGGUUGGAAUUUUGAGAUUCAGUGACUCUUGUCGUCUCUUUAAUAACUGUUGCGGAAGCAGUGACUCAUGAAGAUGCCAGUGGCAUUGCUCUUGCUGCUGGCAUUGUGCAAUGCUAUUAAAGUUAAUGGUGAAGAAAGCGAUGGACAAUGUGACUAUAACUUGAUAUUAGAACCAAGACCUCACAGCGUGUCAAUUCAAGAGUUUGGUGCUGUUGGUGAUGGAAAAACAUUGAAUACUCUUGCCUUCCAGAAUGCCAUUUUCUAUCUCAAGUCCUUUGCUGAUAAGGGUGGCGCUCAGCUAUAUGUGCCGCCCGGGAGGUGGCUCACUGGAAGUUUCAAUCUCACCAGCCACCUCACUCUCUUCUUGGAGAAGGGUGCUAUCAUCCUGGGAUCUCAGGACCCAUCACACUGGGAUGUUGUGGAACCGUUACCCUCGUAUGGUCGAGGGAUUGAACUUCCUGGAGGAAGAUAUAGAAGUUUGAUAAAUGGUUAUAUGUUGCGUGACGUGGUAAUAACAGGNUCGUCUCUUUAA